AUGGCAGAAGCUCUAGCCGUCUCUUCCGCAAUCGCGAGUCUUGUGACAAUCGUCGGCCAAGUGUCCAAGCUUAGCUAUGGCUUUCUCUCCGAUGUCAGGAACGCAUCGAAGUCGCAGAAGAUGUUCCUCCGAGAGGUUUCGGCCCUUACUGAGGUGUUCUUGCGAAUGGAGGGAGCCCUUGAUGUGGAGCAGCUUGAUUUAUUGAGACCAUCAUCGGGUUUGAGGACAGCGCUGGAGGACUGCCAAGGCUUGCUUCUGUCGCUCAGGAGGUCGCUGGAGAAGGCUACUGAAGCAGAGAGCCGUGUUGCGAGGUUCAAGUCUUCUGUGCGGUGGCCGUUUGAUGAGAAGGAGGUGAAGGGGACGGUCGAAAGGCUUAGGAGAUAUAGGGAUGUGAUGGUCGCUUCGAUGGCGACUGAUACGCUUACCGUCUCGAUCGCCACACAUAGGAAAGUGAACAGUCUGGCACGAGACAGGAAUCACGAAGAAAUCACCAAAUGGCUGGAGAAUCCUGACCCACCUCGAUCAUUCACUGCCCUCUACGAGUCUGCUUGCCCUGGAACCGGUCACUGGUUACUGCGUCAUACAGUGUUUUCUGACUGGCGUGAUGGCUCCGAACCAUUUUUGUGGUGCUAUGGUCAUCCUGGCGUUGGUAAGACGAUCUUAUCCUCCAUAGCUCUACAUGAUCUACACGACGUCAUUCGUGAUGAGCGCAUAAUACUGCACCAUUUCUGCGACAGCUCUCAGCGUAGGACGACGAAAAUCUUGCUGCAGAGUCUCCUCCAACAGGUUCUUCGCCAAGGCAAUUCGAUUCAAACAAACCUUUUAAAGCAGUACCGUACGGAAGUACGCGACCCUUCAAUCAAGGAGUUGACAAAAAUCCUGUCUGAUGUCGUUGAUGUUUCUAAAUACAUAUACCUUGUGGUAGAUGCGCUGGAUGAAUUUGAGGACCGCAAGACCUUAUUGCCGAUUCUCCAUCAGCUUGCUAGGGUAGGAAUACGGGUCUUUAUCACAUCAAGAGAUAUACCUGACAUCAGAAAUGCACUUCCAGCAGCAACUAAGUUACAUAUACAAUCUUCUCGCGCGGAUCUUGAACUUUAUGUCCGAAGUCGGCUUGCGGAAAAUGACGAGUUUGACAGUAUGAUUGAUGACACUGGUAUAGUCUCGGCUGUCAUAGACCAAGCAGAUGGGAGAUUCCUGCUUGCACGCCUCUUGAUGGAUCAUCUUCUCAGCUGUACGACUGUCAAGCAGGUGAAGCAAGCUCUGAUUUCAAUGCCUGUCAACUUGGCGGAUGCUUACGAAUCGACUUUCGAGAGACUGCUCAAACAAUCUCCGAACAAAGCCAAAUUAGCUACUGACGUUAUCGGCUGGGUAACUCAUGCUGAAAGACAUCUUCAAAUCGAAGAGCUUCGACAUGCCCUCGCCGUUGAAGAAGACGUCGACAUGAUUGAUCAAGAUAAUCUCACAAUGAUGAGAACAAUAUUGCAAGUCUCUAUUGGAUUGCUAUGCAUUGAUGUGGAGACUAACACUGUUCGAAUGAUACAUCAUACCGCCUAUGAGUAUUUCCGACAACAAGAAGAGCAUUUUCUCGACAUGCAUGUUGAGAUAGCCAAGACUUGCUUGACAUACUUAGGAUAUCGGCCAAAUAGGGAUGGGGCAUGUAACGGUGUUGAGGAACUUCGAGACCGCUUCAUUAUCAUGCCUUUCCUAAGUUACGCAGCUCAGCAGUGGGGCUAUCAUGCGCGUCAAGCUCAAGAAGCAUUGAGCUACCCAAUUUUACAAAGUGUCAGAAACGACGCUAUUCGCGCGAGCUCGUUUCAGGCGCUACAAUAUCGUGAUCUCAAGGAUUCUGAGCUGGCCACCGCAUUCUUCAACUCUCUACCGAAACAGCUAGAACCGCUACAUGUUGCAGCAUACUGGAAUCUUGAUAUGAUUGGAGAGGCAUUUCUUCAUUCUGGACAAGAUCCUAACAUUUUAGAUGAACAGGAGUGGUCUCCACUGCAUUGGGCUUGCUCUCGCGGCUCGGACGAGAUGGUAGAAGUUCUCUUGAAAAAGGGUGCAGCCGUCGACGCCCUUGACCAGUUUCAAUGGACUCCACUGUUCUGGGCCUCAAUCAAGGGCUACGACUCCAUCCUGAGAAGUCUGCUUCGAGCGAAAGCAAACUGCCUCUUGACCGACAUGAAUGGCUGGACUGUAUUACAAUGGGCAGCAUCCAAGGGAAACGGCACGACCAUUCAAAUACUCUUGAGUCACUAUGCAGAGCUCAGGGCAAGCCAAAAACUGACCAAGGUCUGGGUGAGAGACGUCACGGUGAAUGAGGCCAAAACGCUUGGCCGCCUGCAACCUCACGAAAGCCGUAACACAUCACCCCUUGAAAUAGCUGCAGGAAAGGCAGAUUCUGACACCUUCGACACCAUUCUUCAAGACCUCGCCAACAGAGGAAUCAAUGGAAGUUUCAACGGCCUGUGGGAGCAGAAAGGCUGGGAUGAUCCUCGGGUAUCGGUACCAUGGCGAGUCAUGACGAAAUCAGAUAAUUUUGAUCGUAAAGGCCUGAAGAGAUGGCAAAUAUAUAAAACAGAGGGUGAACCAGACGAAUGGAAACUAAAACUGUUACAUGGCGCUAUUAGAGACGGCAAGCCUGUCGUGGUGCGGCUCUUGAUAGAACUGGGAGUGGAUCUACAUAGAUCUCGCCAAGAAAGAACGCCUUUGGAGCAUGCUGCAAUGAAAGAGGAUCCAGAGAUGACGAGAAUACUUUUGGCAAAUGGAGCGCAAUUACGCACUGAAACGAUGGAGGGGUACAAUACACAAUCCGCUUUGCACCUUGCUGUUGCUCAUGGCUUCGAUCGUACUGUUGAAGCGCUCAUUCAAGGAGACGUUGACAUCAAUAUAAGGAACGAGCAUGAAGAGACGCCAUUAUUGCUGGCUUGUCAGCUGAGCAAUCGGAAGGACAAUGAUCUCGCAGAUCAAGCCUUACCUUUGACGUUGGUGAAGCUGCUGGUAAAGAAUGGCGCUGAUAUUGGCGCUGUGGACUAUAGGGGUCGGUCUGCCCUCCAUCUUGCAGUCAAAACUCCAAAUUAUCAAAUUAUCAAAUAUCUUCUGGCGAACAAUCUCGAUGCAGGAGUGGUUGACGAGAGUGGCUAUACGGCUUUCCAAUUAUUUUGCCAAGAAUCGGGGAGGUACCAUUUUCCAGCUGAUAGUGGAGAUGUAGAGAUUCUGGAUCUUCUGCUCGCUCACGCACCUCCUGGAACGGAGAAUGUUGCAGGUCCACAGCAAAAAGAAGAGGAUGAGGGUCUUGAGACACCCCUCGCCAUGACUCUCAGAUGCGAGAAUUGGCUUAUUUUCCACCUCUUGUUGGCAAGAAAAGCGGUGUUUCACACAACGCGGCCGCUUUUUGACAUGUUACGCCGCUCAGCAUGGGUUUGGGCAAUGCAACCAAAGGCUGUCAGAUUAUUGCUGGAUUUCGGCGCGGACCCCACAGACAGCAGUGACGCCUUCAGCCAAACACCAUUGGGGCACACAGCGCUAGAGGGUUUAGUGGACCAGAGAUCCAAGUCUGAAUCAAUGUUUGAAGAUUUCAAGGCUAUAUUUGACAUGUAUGUGGAUCAUGGACUCGACGUUAACGCUAUUGAUAGCCGAGGAGAAAACCUCCUUCACGUGGUGGCGAUGAAAGCACUGGAAGACCACCAGUCAGAACUUACUCAAUACUUCCUCGAUCUAGGUGUCGAUCCAUACCAGAUGACUUACGAGCCCUCCAAGGUUUGGGAUGCGUUUCUCCUCGCGGCCAUUCAUGAGCGACAUCAAGUCCUUCGCGUUCUCUUCGCGCAUGCCGCCAAAUUACCAAAACCGGACCACUGGCUUCGUAUUCCCUCUGACAUCGACAUCGCUCAAGCGCCUAAUGACACUCUUAUUGAUGUAACUUACACAUCAGUAUCCAAUGCCAAACUUCUCGAAUCUCUAGACAAAGACAGUUUCACCCCGCUCCGAAAAGCAGUGUCCCUUAAAAGGUCGACCGUAGUCUCCCCUCUCCUCUCGCAUUCGGCAGACUUCCACAUCGUCGAUCAAUCUAGAUGGACGCUGCUUCACCACGCCGCUCACGGCAAUGAUCUUGACACAGUCAGAGUGCUUCUGACGGCCGGCUUGUCACCCAAUGCACAAACCAGCCUUUGGCAAAAUCAAUACAACAGGCCAUCUCUUCUCUACGAGCGAAACGCCUGGACCGGCACCGCCCUACACCUUGCCACCAUGAACGGAAACUUCGAGAUGGUGUCCCUAUUGCUCGAGCACGGCGCCGAUGUCCACGCGGACUCGGGCGCAAGAGGUCACCGUGGUGGUCAUGGGCCCAAAGCACUGAAUAUUGCGGUUGAUACAGAUGUCUAUUACGGGAGUCGUGUGAAUCUGAGUGAGAGCAUGUUGAGGAUUGCGCAGACUUUGGUGGAGCAUGGUGCGGAUGUCAAUGGUGUUGCUGAGCAUUUGAGUCGAGAAAAUGUGUGCAAGUUCGAGGGCUUUGAGGAAUUGUGGGAGAAGCUCAGGAGGGGCAUUGGGGAGGGGAAAGGCCAGAGCUUUAUGUCUGAUUCUUAG